AGAUUGGCUCGCUCCCCACGGGCGGGCUAGAAUUGGGGGAAGGGGCCGCGGGAGUUCGAGAAAGCUCUACAGGAAGAAGCCAGCUGUUUGAACUGUCCUUGACCGAAGACAGCAGCAUGCUGCUGGAGGAGCGGCACAGGUUCCUUGUCACCUUCUGAGAGGAGUCGCCAUGGUCAUCGGGCAUGUGGGCCUCUGCGACCACCAGGGCCUGUCCAUUCCACACCGGCAAUGAGUGAGGCCCUGCGGUGGGCUCCACCUUUCCCCUGGUGAGCGAAACUCCACUCUGGCCUCCAGGCCCCCACACGUCAAAUAAAGAUGAGUGAAGAUCGGUGCGUCUCCCUCACUGCCGAAGAAUUUGACCAACUUCAGAAAUACGCAGAAUACUCCUCCAAGAAGAUAAAGGAUGUCCUGACAGAGUUUAAUGAAGGAGGGAGUCUUGAAAAAUAUGACCCGCGUGAGCCCAUAAGCUAUGAUGUCUUCAAGCUGUUCAUGAGAGCAUACCUGAAGGUGGACCUUCCUCAGCCACUGAGCACACACCUCUUUAUGGCCUUCAGCCAGAGGCCCAGACAGGACCCCCCUGACCGUCCGAGGGAGGGGACCAGCCACAGUGAGGUCAAUGGCCCAGAUUUCCAUAUACAGAAUGCAGAUCAUGCCGCCAAAGCAGAUGAAGCUUGUGCCCCCGAUAUGGAGUCCCAAGGGACCGAGAAGCCAGGGCCAGCUAAAGAGCAAGAGGCCACGACCCUCCGGGGAGCCCCUGCUGCUCAGUCUCCAGACUCAGAGCCCCCCAUGGUGUACCUGCAGGAUGUUGUGUGCUACCUGUCCCUGCUGGAGACUGGGAGGCCUCAAGAUAAGCUGGAAUUCCUGUUUCACCUGUAUGAUUCGGAUGAGAAUGGGCUCCUGGAUCAAACGGAGAUGGAUCGCAUUGUCAACCAAAUGCUGCACAUCGCCCAGUACCUGGAGUGGGAUCCCACUGAGCUAAGACCUAUCUUGAAGGAGAUGUUGCAAGGGAUGGACUACGACAAGGAUGGCUUUGUGUCUCUGAAGGAGUGGGUCCAAGGAGGGAUGACGACCAUUCCAUUGCUGGUCCUCCUGGGGAUGGACGACUCUGCCUCCAAGGGGGAUGGGAGGCAUGCCUGGACCUUGAAGCACUUCAAGAAACUGACCUACUGCAACUUCUGCCACAUCAUGCUCAUGGGCGUGCGGAAGCAGGGCCUGAGCUGUGUCUACUGCAAAUACACUGUACACCAACGCUGUGUGUCCAAAAACAUCCCUGGGUGUGUCAAAACGUAUUCAAAAGCCAAACGGGGCGGCGAGGUGAUGCAGCACGCGUGGGUGGAAGGGAACUCCUCCGUCAAGUGUGACCGGUGCCGCAAAAGUAUCAAGUGCUACCAGAGUGUCACCGCGCGGCACUGCGUGUGGUGCCGGAUGACGUUUCACCGCAAAUGUGAGCUGUCCACUGUGUGUGAUGGCGGAGAACUCCGAGACCAUAUUUUGCUGCCCACCUCCAUCUGCCCCAUCACCCGGGACAGGCAGUGCGGGAAAUCUGAGGGCAGUGCGUCCGCCAAAGGCGACCUUGUAAUGCAGUACCAGAUCAUCCCCAACCCGGGAACCCACCCCCUGCUGGUCUUUGUGAACCCCAAGAGUGGAGGCAGACAAGGAGAAAGAAUUCUUCGGAAAUUCCACUAUCUGCUCAACCCCAAACAAGUGUUCAACCUGGAUGGUGGGGGGCCUACCCCAGGAUUGAACUUUUUCCACGGUACCCCCGACUUCCGUGUCCUGGCCUGCGGAGGAGAUGGCACAGUCGGCUGGAUUCUGGAUUGCAUCGAUAAGGCUAACUUGGCAAAGCACCCGCCGGUGGCUGUCCUGCCUCUUGGAACCGGAAAUGACCUUGCCCGCUGUCUCCGCUGGGGAGGAGGUUACGAGGGGGGGAGCCUGACGAAGAUCCUGAAGGACAUCGAGCAGAGCCCCCUGGUCAUGCUGGACCGCUGGCAUCUAGAAGUGAGCCCCAGAGAGGAAGGGGAGAACGGGGACCAGGUCCCAUACAGCAUCAUGAACAACUACUUCUCCAUUGGCGUGGAUGCUUCGAUCGCACACAGAUUCCACAUGAUGAGAGAGAGACAACCUGAAAAGUUCAAUAGCAGGAUGAAGAACAAGCUGUGGUACUUUGAAUUUGGCACCUCCGAGACCUUUGCUGCUACCUGCAAGAAGCUCCAUGACCACAUCGAGUUGGAGUGUGACGGGGUUGAAGUGGACCUAAGCAACGUCUUCCUUGAAGGCAUUGCCAUCCUUAACAUCCCCAGCAUGUACGGAGGCACCAACCUCUGGGGAGAAACCAAAAAGAAUCGAGCUGUGAUCCGGGAAAGCGGGAAGGUCGUUAUUGACCCCAAGGAACUGAAAUUCUGUGUCCAAGACCUCAGUGACCAGCUCCUUGAGGUGGUGGGGCUGGAGGGCGCCAUGGAGAUGGGGCAGAUCUACACUGGCUUGAAGAGUGCAGGCAGGAGGCUGGCCCAGUGCUCCUGCGUCACCAUCAGGACUAACAAGCUGCUGCCGAUGCAGGUGGAUGGAGAGCCCUGGAUGCAGCCACCUUGCACGAUUAAAAUCACUCACAAGAACCAAGCGCCCAUGAUGAUGGGGCCUCCCCAGAAGAGCAGCUUCUUUUCACUGAGGAGAAAGAGCCGUUCAAAAGACUAAACCAUGUACCACAGGCCAAAGAACCCACAAGAAAAGCAAGAAACUGUAACCGCAUACUCUCUCACACACACACACACACACGUUGACACACACGCAUACACAGACACGCGCGUGUGCACACACACACUCACCACUCUUCUCUAACCCGUGGGGCAAAACCACCCUUCAGGAAGAAAACGUUCACCCUGCCAUACAUUCUCUCUCUUUUGAUAAUGGACUCACUCGUGACAGAGCCAAGUGCCAAAAGAACAUGUUGAAUGAACUUGGGGCCCAUCGGGGUCUGCUUGGUUCGUGCAUCAACUUCCACAUUCCCAGAAGGCCUUGAGGAAGACUUUCUAAGACUGCGGCGAAAAAUCUCCCUUUCUUUCCACCAGCCCUGCAAGUUUCCUCACGGAUGCUCACAGGGGCAGGCUGUAGAUUUCCUGCCUAUGGCGAAAUCGGAUGCGGCCCCAGGGAAGACACUCCCGUCCCACAGAACUUACAUAAAGGUCCCUCUGUACAGAGACACAAGGGCCUCGUCAUCGUGCAGAACAUAAUCCUGGGCCGGGCCCAGCAAGCGCACGUUGGGUUCUUGGUUGUUCCGUGGACGACAACUUCUCCUUCCACUUGCUGAAGAGGCAGAAAGACUGUAGGCAGCUGUGUCCAUGCUUGGUUCCGUGGCUGGCUGUGGACACUUGUUAUUUUCCUGAAGUGUUCCCCCGGUGGUGGUGUGUUUGUUGAAAGACAGCGCCAAGAGCCUCCAUAGCUGCCUGUGCAGCGCUCCUCAGAUGUGGGAUUUAUGGCCUUAGUUCUGUGAACAUCUGGGUGGGGGGGGAAGUAGAGAAACUGGGAUUUAUUUUUCAAAUUGGUGUCAUAAUAUUAUGGUUUUUUUUUAAAGGGGGAAGGAAAACACACACACACACACACACACACCCCAGCUUCUUUCUUUUUCAAACCAAAGCAUGUUUCCCGUUUGAGUUCCAAGCCUUGAUGGCUGACUAUCCCUGAAGGCAGAGAAGAUGGGAUAGGAGGUCCUGUGGUUGGAGAGAAACUAUUGAGUGAUUUCCUUCUGCUUCUAGAACCUGAAGCCCUUCUGACAGUCUUAUGUGUGUGUGUAUAUGUAGCAUAUAUAUUUAUAUAUAUACAUAUAUAAAUAUUUAUUUACAGAUGGACUUAUCCUGAUUGAAAAAAAUAUAUAUAUUUAUGUUUAUAUCAGAACAGAAAGUGGGAGGAAAUGAAGGAAGUUCUUACUUUCCCGUUCCAUUAUUUUGUUGCCAACACACUUCUCUGUAGCCAUCUUAAGGUUUAAAGGGAGUGAGAUUCGCUCCUUAUCAAGAAGAGACUGAGCAAUCCUUUUUCGGGAGCCUUGAAACAGCUCUGGAAAGACCACGGUGGGCAUGUGCUUGCAAACGUGUCAGAUAAGGAAGCUGAGCCCCAGAACAGAGACUUGUGCAUGGUGUCCUGGCUGAUCUGCCUUGGGGGUUGGUGCCACGAAGAAGAUACUUCAUAAAGAAAGGAACCCAGACUUCUUCGGACCGGUGCCACGCCCGGUCAUGAAGCAGUGAUGCCAUCUGGAUCCAGGUUGCCAGGGAAGAAGCAGCAAGCAGCACAUGUGUGGGCAGGACAGUCCCCUGGACAAACGCACGGACCUCUCCGUGCUUCCUAGAGGUUCUCUUACAGGAACUGGCAAGGAAUUGGGCUGGGGUCGACGGCAGAGACAACGCAUCACGCUGGCACCCUCCUCACCAUCGUCAUCAUCUCUGGGUCUGGAGCAUCCCUGCAUGCAGGGCUGCCCCCAAGGGAGGGUCACAAGGAAGCCGGAGACAUCCAUGAAGGGUGCUGCCAGCCAGGACAGAGGCGGUUCGGCUGUGUGCAACGGGCCCCGGCUGGUACUGAAUGACCCUCCUUUCCCAAAUGGCAAUUCUGCCCAGAUUUUCUCGGGUAGGAAAACAAACAGACAGACAGACAUUUGCCUUAGCUGCUUUGCCCACUUGGGCCUCCUUAGAAAUGUCUGGGCCAAAGUGAGGUCGCUCCGCUGAGCCGGUUCUAGUCUCUUGACAUGGAGUCAGGCGCUUUGAACACGGAAGGGAACACUGAGAUUGUGUGCACAGAUUGAGACCAACAUAGAAGGAUGUUGACCUCCUCCUUCUAGGAUCUUGGACCAGCUGGAUGGGCCUUCAGUGCAGAACACUGGGCAGGGGGGAAGCCAGGCCACUGGAUGGAACCACCAAGCUCGCACGACAGCUGGUACCUUCCUGGAAGCCACAUGGUUCUGAAACAGAGACAGGUCAGGUUUGGGGUCAUUGAUCAGAUGGCAUUUACAGAAGUGUGUGCAUGUGCUUCAGCUUUGCUCUCCUGAUAUUGGGGCUGCUGCGGCAUGACACUACUAACAAGUGAAACUUAUUCUCAGAGAUUCACAAAUCUCGUGAAGGAGCUGCCGUGGAGCCCACCUCUUGCCCACUCAAGCCUAGAGCUCACAGUUUGCAGGGCUGCUUGAGAGACAUGGCCCAAGUGCUCCUUCGACGCCGCGAACAGAACACACGCCAGUGGAAUUGCGCUUCCUGGUUGAGCAUCUUAGCAAGUCUAAUGUGAUUACUUCCUCGUACCUUGCAAUCAUUCCUGAAAGACUGUCUGUGGCUUCUUAUUGUGUCUUAUUGCUGCUCCCAGCGUCCCCUAAGAGCAUUGUGGGCCACACAAAAAAUUACCUCGGGGGGCCGCCUAUGGCCCGCGGGCCACCAGUUCGACACCCCUGCUCUAAAGCAAAGAUGAGGAGGUCGGUAAGAAUCCCAGAACAGGAACGAGCAGAGCACCUUCAGCGAGAAUGUCGACCUAUUGGGAUACAUGUAACUAGUGUCACUGUGCAAGUCGUGUGCCAAAUGUUCAACAGGACCCUACCUUGCUGUAUUGUGUAAACGUCCCCCCAAACUCAAUAAAAUACAUCUUUUUUUAAA